GUCAUCGACGAUCUGGAGUCGACGAAAGAUCCGUCUAUCGCCACAUUCGUUCAUGGACGUAUGUUGAAGGUUGAAAACAAACCACACAGUUUUCAGAUUCACACAGCUGGAAAACAUCCCUGCGUCUCUGAAGCAAUUUUGUGAACAUACACCAUGUCCGGUGAUAGAAUAGUACGUGUGGGCUCGAGGAAAAGCGAGCUUGCCUUGAUACAGACCCGUACGAUCAUUGAAGAGCUUAAAAAACGCAAUGCGGAUCUCAAGUUUGAAACAAUCACUAUGAAUACUAUGGGUGACAAGAUCCUUGAUUCAGCAUUGUCUAAGAUUGGUGAGAAAUCACUUUUUACACGGGAAUUGGAAGAUGCCUUGCUCAAAAAGAAAGUUGAUUUUGUGGUCCAUUCUCUUAAAGACUUACCAACUGAAAUCCCACCAGGUUUGGUGGUUGGAUGUGUGUUCAGGAGAGACAACCCCAAUGAUGCUGUUGUCAUGCACCCUAAGCAUGCACACAAAAAAUUAAGUGACCUCCCACCAGGAAGCAUUAUCGGCACCAGUGCCUUGAGGCGGGCAGCACAGUUACAGAGAAAAUACCCACAGUUCAAGAUUGAGAACAUUCGUGGAAAUCUCAACACACGAUUUCGAAAACUCUCAGAAGAGAACAGCUGUUACGCUGCUAUCAUUCUAGCUGUGUCUGGUCUGGAAAGAAUGAACUGGAAUCAUCUAAUCUCGGAGAUCCUGACGCCUGAGGACUGCAUGUAUGCUGUGUGCCAAGGGGCUCUUGGUAUUGAGUGUAGAGCGGAUGAUGAAGCAACACUUAAACUUCUUGCAGACAUUAAUGAUCUGGAUACAGCUUUAUGCUGCGUUGCAGAGCGCUCGUUCCUCAGAAAGUUGGAAGGGGGUUGCAGUGUCCCUGUCUCUGUUUUCACAGAAAAAACUGAGGACAAGCUUUUGCUGCGUGGAGGUGUGUUCAGUAUUAGUGGGGACCAAGCAGUGAAACAAGAAAUUACAUUCGACCUUAAUGAGAAGGUUGAAACAGAGAAGAGUGACAAAAAAGGAGAACCAGAGGCUUUCAUUAGCAUUGUGUGCCACCAAGCACAAAACCUCAACCGAUAUCAUAGAGCCCAGCAGCUUGGCAGGGAACUAGCAUCUGCCAUGGUGAAUGCUGGUGCUGGUGAGAUCCUGCAAGCUGCCAAACAUACUACGAAAGAGGAAAUACUGGCUGAACAUGCAAAACGAAAGCAGAAGCUUGCUGAUGAGGCAGAAGCUGGUACUAAUGCAGAGUUACCAGCAAAAAUGCCAAGAGUGGAUAAAGCAAUGGAGAAGAUAGGGUCUUCUUCCUCUAGUGAUUUAGAACUUGGAGCUAGUUAAGCCUAAGUCAUAACAGAGGGUUGUCAUGGCAGAUGUUUCUCCUUUUGUCUGAAAGAGACACGUUUUUGUUUGCACUUGGCAGUUCACAAUGAAAUGUUUGUAGCUGCAUUUUAUGUGCAUGUAUAUGAGUGAAUAGAACAUUUAAGGUGAAAAUUGGCUGUGGGUGAGUAUGUGUGAGUGAAAAAGCGUAUGUAACAGAGGGGCAUGCAGUUCCUUUUCUGUUGAAAAUGACGUGGUAAAAUUUAUUUACAGUCUCUUGCCUAAAGUGCACCUGACCAGGAAAAUUGCAUGAAGUUAUGAAGUAGAGAAACAUAAUUACCUUCAUGACCUAAAUGUUAAAAUUGGUCUUUUGUGGCAUUUAUUGUUUACUUCGUGAUUUUUACCUGGGGCAUUUAAAUUCCAUUUUUUUUAAAACAACAAAUUCACGUAGCUGUUUUCAAUACUUUUUUUGUCUUGAAUCUAGCAGAUAUAACACUGCCAGACUGCUUCUUUCAUAAAACCUCAUGAUGUAUUUAGAAACGUGAUUAUUCUGGUCACUUGCAAAUUUAGGAUCAAAUAAUCUACUUAGUUUUUUGUCCACCCUCUAAAGCAAGUUCAUGAUGAGUAUCAUUUUCAUAUCAGAAAAUUUAUGGUUAUAUGGAUUUGUCCAUUGCCAAGCAUGGCUUUAAUUUAGCAGCCACUUUUUUUCCUUCAUUUUGUAGUUUGUAUGUGUUUGAUUGGCAGCAUAUUAUUCCCCAAUGCCUUUAAGUUGUUCAUAAAUUUGAAUUUGUUAAAAUACACAUAGCCAAUGGUUUCUUAUUUGACAGGUGAAAAGUUCACAAUGUAAGGUGUGAGAAUUCCUGAUAGUUUGUAUGUCCACAAGAAAUUUUAUUUUGCUUGAACUUUUUUCUCUUUGAAAUGAUUUCCUUUUUCACUAAUAUAGGUAAAGGUGUGGACCUUUUUGCAUUUCUUUUUUUCUGCUUACUUUAAUAUCUUUAAUUAUCUUUUCGACUUGAAGAUGAUUGAUUCCAUUGUGAAUGCAUGUUUUCUUUUAAUUUUUUUAAUAUUUAAUGUCCCUGACCUGCUGAAAAAAUUUCACUGUUUUCCUUGAUUUGCUGAUAAAUUGAUACCUGUUUCUCUCUUGAAGAAAGAAUUAAGUUUUUAUUAAUCAUAAACAGUUUUGCUGAAGUGGGAGUUAAACAGCCAUUAAACAGAAUCUUCAUCAGGUGACAAUAUCACAUGAAUUAUAUGCAUCAACAGUUCCACAGUAAUUGUGGGGUCUUCUUGUUUCGAAGCAUGCUAUUGCAUGAUCAAUUUCUGUUGUGAUUUUGUUUAGCUUCUAAGUGUAAAUACUAAGUCCAACAUUAUCCAGUUUAUACAAAAUGAUUUUAGUGAUUUGUGUGGAUGAUUUCUGGAGACUUCAUAUAUUGCGGCGUCAUUUCAUGAAAUCAGUCAAGCGCAAAUUGUGUGGUGUAUUUGUGACCUUGGUGGCAGUCAUCUGUGCCCUUUUAAAAGCAUAUAAAUUAGAUUGCCUGGGACAUAUAUGUCUGGACUGCUUGCAGCUGAAUUUUCCACCUUAACGUCUAGAACAAGGCCAUAGUACAGAUUCACUUUUGAUUUAACAAUCAACUUCCAAAAUAUGAACAGACAAUGCAUACUCUCUUGUUGACCUAGGUUCAAAAGCCCAAUCUUUAUAGUCUGUUGUGUUUUCAGUUUAUUGGCUCUAAGUCGUGGGAAAUGGAGGUUGAGGACUUUGCCAAAAAAGAAAGAAAAAGGAACAAAUUUAUUGCAAGUCUAAUUUUGUCGAAUUUAUCGCGAUUCUAGAUAUUUAACAAUUAAAUGGUUUGUGGAGAUCUGACAGGGUACAGCUUCACGGGGGAACUAAAGAUAUACCUCUGUGCAUUUUGUGGGAAAAACCUUUUUUCUGUAAACAAAAAAAUCCUGUCCGCUCCCACCAUAGUAUGCAGUUACCAUGGAUACAGUAGAGAAAGGGUGUUAGUGUUACAUGAAAUUUCAUGUCUAAACCAUGUCUUUCAUAUUUUUAACAUUUAGAGGAAAGACUAAUUGUUGAUUGACUGCAACAUGAUCUUAAAGUUGCUAAUCUGGACGAAUAAGCAUCAAAAAAGGUUCAAACAGACUUAAAUUUCUCGUUCAUUUUAUUGUUGCCUGCUUUGAGAGGUUUGACACGGUUUGUUGUUGUUUUAAGUUAACAAGUUUUAUAAAAAGUUCAUAUUGUUUUGUGCCAAACCUAAGCAAUAGAAUGAAGAAGUGAUGAUUCUGUCAGCUGAUAGCAUUUUUUGAUAACAAAAUGGCAUUUUAAAAAAAAAUUAAUGGUUAAGCAUGAGUAAAUUUAUUUACUUUGGUGAUUUUGGUUUGACCUUGUUCAAGUAUGUAAAUAUUAGGCAUCUCCUUUCUUUAUACUCAUAGAUUUCCAUGGUGUGUUGCUGAUACUUAAGUCCAUAUAUGGACACCAGGACUGAAAAAAUCAAUGCAUACUGGGAUUGGUGCCAAUUUCUUUCAGUUUAUUGGAGCUGGUGAAUUGUUUUGUGGUGUCUUGGAUUACUUCUCAACUUAGACAUCAUGUAUGCCAAUAUACAACAUAGCGAUUUCUGUUUUUCAAUGUUUUAAAAGAUUGCUGUACCAAUAUUUUAUUACCAAGUCAUAGUAGUUAUAGGUUGUUUAUAUUGUGAUGUUUCAGUAUAAUUUAAUAUUUUCUAGGUCCAUUUAUGCACAUUCCGUUCUUUUCAGUUUAAGUAUUUUUGUUUAGAUGAAUCUGAAGCAGGAGAUAUAAAGUUUUUCUGCAUUUGAAUAUCAAUAUGGAAAGAGACACUGAUGCUUUGAAAUAUUUUAAUAACUGGAAAAAAAGUUGCUUUUAUUGUGCAAUGUGGACAAAGAUUGCCAUUCUUGAAAUCUCUACGUCAGAAUUUUAGAAAUAAACUGUGGUAUAUUGA